CGUGCGCUGUCGCUGACUUCCGUGGUAAGAAGUGAACUACAACCGUCCGCAGCUCGUUUAGUUUGUUCUGCUGUUGUCUCUGUCUCUCUUUGAACUGCCACGGCGGAACUCGUCAUAACAGCCGCUGCGAAGACUGUGCGUGCGUUCAUCUGAAAACACCAUGAGUCUACGAGAGAUCAGUGAGAACGUGAAGCUGGCCCGCGAAUAUGCCUUGCUGGGAAACUACAGCUCGGCCAGUGUUCUCUAUCAUGGAUUGCUGGAACAAAUCAAGAAGUAUGUGUACACCGUGCGUGACAGCAGUUUUCAACAGAGAUGGCAGCAGUUGUGGCAAGAAAUUAGUGAGGAGAAUCAACAGGUUCAGGACAUAAUGUCGACUCUGGAGAACUUUCAGCUGGACACAACGCCUGCUAAACCCAGUAACCAUGAUGACUGUGAAAUAAGGCCUGUGCACGUGGAACAGAGACAUUCUCCCUGUCCUGUCAGGAGGCCUGCUAACCCCUAUAAAGACAGCAAACCUCCCAACAACCGCCUGAGCGUGGCUGUGAGGGCCCAGCUGAGGCACUCGCCUCGCGGACCCAAUGGGGACAGAAGCAAGCCCUCCAAGGGCAAAGAAAAGAAGGAGGCAAAGGAGGCCUCUGGCAAAGCAAAGGAUGAUAAGAACAAAGGAGAUGUCCAGGAGAAAGAAGUGAGAAAGUUUGACGGGACAGGAUAUGAUAAGGACCUUGUGGAUGCUCUAGAAAGAGAUAUUAUAUCUCAGAAUCCAAAUGUUAAAUGGGACGACAUUGCAGACUUGGAAGAUGCAAAAAAACUCCUGAAAGAAGCAGUCGUGUUGCCCAUGUGGAUGCCAGCAUUUUUCAAAGGGAUACGAAGACCAUGGAAGGGAGUGCUUAUGGUCGGACCUCCAGGCACCGGGAAAACACUUUUGGCCAAGGCAGUUGCUACCGAGUGCAGAACCACAUUUUUCAACGUCUCUUCAUCUACUCUCACCUCCAAGUAUAGAGGGGAGUCUGAGAAGCUAGUUCGCCUUCUCUUUGAAAUGGCACGUUUUUACGCUCCCACUACGAUCUUCAUUGAUGAAAUUGACUCCAUGUGCAGCCGCAGAGGGACAUCGGAGGAGCAUGAGGCCAGCCGGAGAGUCAAGGCAGAGCUGCUGGUGCAGAUGGAUGGUGUCGGUGGAGCAUCAGAAAAUGAUGACCCGUCCAAGAUGGUGAUGGUGCUGGCUGCCACCAACUUCCCAUGGGACAUUGAUGAGGCUCUGAGAAGACGGCUGGAGAAGAGGAUCUACAUCCCUCUACCUUCAAACAAAGGGCGAGUAGAGCUGCUCAGGAUCAACCUGAAGGAACUGGAGCUGGCCAGCGAUGUGGACUUGAAUAAGAUUGCAGAGCAGAUGGAGGGUUACUCAGGAGCCGACAUUACCAACGUGUGCAGGGAUGCCUCUCUGAUGGCCAUGAGGCGAAGAAUCGAGGGCCUCACGCCAGAGGAGAUCCGCAACAUUUCCCGGGACGAGAUGCACAUGCCAACCACCAUGGAGGACUUUGAGUCAGCUCUGAGGAAAGUGUCCAAAUCUGUGUCUGCAUCCGAUCUGGAGAAGUAUGAAAAGUGGAUCGAAGAGUUCGGGUCCUGCUGAAAAAACACUAGCAUUUGAGUUGUCUUUGUCUGGAUGUGCAACUGUUGUUGGAAGAUGGUGAGUUUUAGUAGUGAGGUUUUGUCUGUGUAUUUGUCUGAAUAAUUCAGGUGACUGAAUGUAUAAAGUAGGUUUAUUAAUUUAGGUAAAUAUGUGCACUUGAAAAAUGGCACCUAUUAUACAUUAUGUUAAUGUUAUGCAAAAGUCUCAAUCUAAAAUCUGAAGAGUCAACUUGAGGUGUGAUCUAGUUUUCUUUCAAAUUAUGGCAUUUGUUACUUUAAUGAUCCUGAAAUCAACAAACAUGUUCAACAUGCAAGACAAAAUUAGCUGUAGCUGAAGAACGCAUUGUUUCAAUAGACCGUAGAGUUCAUUUUCAGAUAUUUUACUGUGACUUUGCCUUCCCAAGUGUCAUAAUAUUUGCUUAGUAUCACUGUGUCUGACAGUGAUACUAAGCUUACUGCCAAUCAAAUGUUACUCCUGUCUUUUUGUAAUGCACUUGAUUUUUAGUGCGGUGGUUUUGAUUUUUGGAAAUAUAAAUUCCUACAAAUAUAACGCUAACAAGAUAUUUCUAUGAAUAAAGUUAACAAGGAUUACAUGAA